AUGCUGGGUUGGAUUCCAAGUGACAAUUUACUCAGUACUCUUGCAAUGUUACAUGCACUAUGGUGGUUGCACGAUUCAAUACAUAGUCACCAUGAAGAGGAUGGGGAGGAGGUGGGAGGUAUUACUGGCAAAGAUGUUGACCUCAUCACUGCAAAAAUGAAUGAUGCUGUGUACAUCCCGCCAAAUAAUGACGAAAUGACAGAUGAAGAAAAUAUAGAUGAUGACCUUCUAGAAAAAAAGAAUAACGAUCUACUCGAGAUGAGACGAAGACAGGCAAGGCGAAGGAAGGAUGGACGAACUGAUGACGGAGUGGAGAACGAGGAAUUGGGAUUGGAGGGCCCAGAGAAUGGUGUUGAUCUGCUUUACACGAACGUAUUUCGAAUUUGGUAUGCUGGCUAUCAUGACAAGACCACAGAAGGAAAAGACACAAAGUUCCCCGUUUCUCCACCAUGA